CUGGAUCACUCCCCUGCUACACGGCUGCUGCAGCCCUCGGGCGGGCGGACUGCAGCACAAAUCGCGAUUUCACAGCUCGAUCAAAGUGGCUGCUUACACCUGUUAUGGAUCGUGUAGAACUUGGCACACCUUCUCCAUUACAGAGGUUAUAGUCGAAGGAGAACCUUACGGGCUUUCAAUUCCAACCAGCUAAAGUCCUAUAUGAGCGAUCAGAACUCGUUCAUCUGCAGACCGGUACGCUGAGACAGCUCGAGGCAAGCAAAACGUCACGUACAUCGGAAGCUGAUCGAUCGAAGGGAGACUGGAGGCGCAUGCGAAAUUUUGCUUGAGUGUUCGUCUGCAGCUACCGGUUUCCAGGGUGUGGAGAGUACUCAGACAUGGCGACCAAAUGUGCGUAUCGAAAAUUGCCCUACAUCAUGAUGCGAGGGGGCACAUCGAGGGGCGCCUUCUUCCUCAAAGACCACCUCCCCUCACUCAAAGAUAAUCCGAGUGGACUGCGCGGAGUGCUUCUCAACGUAAUGGGUACGAUCCAAUCCUCCGACACGAAAUUUCAUCUAAAUAAGCCAGGAGACGAGCCAAAACUCCGCAACCUUGUGGACAGCAAACAGACUAAUGGAAUUGGGGGUGGGACUUCCAUAACCAGCAAAGUCGCCAUCUUAUCACGAUCUGAUAAAGAGAACGUCGAUAUCGACUACCUGUUUGCACAAGUCAGUCCUGACGAUGCCUGGGUGGACUUUGAGCCGUCCUGCGGUAACAUCUUCUCGGCAGUAGGACAAGCUGCAAUUGAGAUGGGCCUUGUGAAGAUCGACGCAACGAAUACCAAAAAGACCAGCGACGAUCGGUACACCACAGAAGUAAGGAUUCGUGCUGUCAAUAAUAACAGUCUGGUGACGGCAGUGAUAGAGACCGAUCUGGGUAGCGGCGAGGUCAUCUACGAGGGGUCAACAUCUAUUGCCGGAGUUAAAGGACCUGCAGCACAAGUGGUGCUGAACUUUACGAAUAUUGUGGGCACUAAAAGUGGAGGGAAGCUGCUUCCCACCGGGAAGGUCCGGAAUGUAUACAAUGGAGUAGAGGUCACGUGUAUUGACGUCGCCAUGCCCAUGGUGAUCGCCAAAGCCAGUAGUUUCGGGAAGACCGGGUGUGAGAGCAAGGCGGACCUUGAUAAUGAUAAAGAGUUUUUCCAGAAGCUUGAGGCCGUCAGACAGCUUGCCGGAAAGGACAUGGGAUUGGGAGAUGUGACAGGUCGUGUGAUACCGAAAUUCGCCAUCGUUGCUGCUCCCAGAGAUGGUAAUUCAGAAGAUGAUAAAAGAAAUUUGACCGCUCGUUACUUCGUGCCUGCCAAUACGCAUUCAGCAAUGGCUGUGACAGGAGCCAUAUGUGUAGCUUCGUGCAGCGUUUUGUACGGUUCCGUGGCACAUGACUUGGCAACGCGGACGGUGGCGAAGGAGUAUGACGAACCGAGGACGGAGAGGGAGUAUUCGAGGAAGGACUAUAAGGUUGUAUUGGAGCACCCUUCCGGGACGAUCAUACUCAAUGUAAAUAGCACGUGUACCAAACCAGAAAAAAAGCAGGACAGUGAAGUUGAACACAGCCAUGAGAAGGCCUGUGAAGUUCAAAUGAAUGUACUGAGCGCAGGCGUUGUUAGGACAGCUCGGCACAUUGCUACUGGUUUCCUUCGAGUCCCGGAAUACUGGUGGUCGACGGAGGAACAUCCUGAUACUCCGAAAGAAGGAUCGGAGAAUGGCAAGGAGAAGCUAGCCACAGUCGAUGAAAUUGCACUUCAGUUUAAGAAACUCUUUAGCCAAUCUGCUCGAUAAGUUCCCUCUUCUUUCUGAUCUCGCGAAGAUAGCACACGAAACCCAAUUCCACCUAGAACUGAAACUUUGUUCUGAAAGUCCUUGUAUUAAUUUUUGCCGUGGAGAGUCUGAUACUUAUUAUUACAGUGAUUCCCUGCUUAUAGGGAAUAAUAGUUAUCAAUAUCCUAGUUAUCUUCAAUCUUUCCUCCAAAAGCUGUACAAAAACAAAAUACCUCGGUGAUGUAACCAGUAUCAUUACUGCGAAUUUAUUUGUACCAGUAUUAUGCCUUCAGACUGGUGUUGUAUAGAUCAGCCUUCGAUGCCGGAGACCAAAGAAUUGAAACAGAGCAUUCUGAUAUGGAUGUGAAGAUUAUCAAGAUUAUUUACUUCAGUAAGUGGAAUCAGGUU